CGGAGCUGGCGAAGCUUCGUCCGUGGACGGUGAGCCAAAUCUAGGUCCAACGCAAGUGGAUGCAGGCUCUGCUAAAAUCACAGCUGUUUCUUCUCUGCCUCUUCGAGCGAACGCGGCUGCUCGGGCAAAAGCCGCCUCCGUAGUUCCUGCUGCCUGCAGCACUUUUCCUAUUUUGCACCACCACCACCCUGCCGCGUCUCCAUGUCGACUUGUAAUGUUUACUUGCCUUUUUUCCGAAUUGCAGCCUCUCCGUCUCUGAAGUUCCUCAGCUCAAGGUUCAGUGUUAUAUUCAUAUCGGUUUAUCCUAAUCUUGUUUAUUCUGAAGUCUGUAAAUUUUAGAUUAACUUUAUGUCACAAAAUUUAAAAUGAGGUGAUUUGGUAUUGUUGGUAAGGCUCCAAAUUUCACCUGUAGUGAUGAGAGAUAAAAAAUGGUGCUUCUCUACAUGCAGCUGAGGCCUGAGACAGUUCUUAGUAGAGAAUAUUCAGAAUGUUCUUUAGUGCAUUGUUUUAUUGGUUUGUUGGAGGUGGGUUUUUUUUUCAGGAUUACUUGUCCUUGGUGGUGCUCUCUUAAGGUCUUUCCUUGGCCUGUUGGAAGAGACUGCUCUCCCAGCAUCAGGACAGGAAUGCAGCAUUUCCAAUGCUCAUGUUCAAGCUCUUUUUCAUAUGUCUGUACUGGUAAUAUUUCAAGGCCGUGGAAUCUGCCUAAACCUGUACCUGAGAUGGAGCAUAUGCAGGAAAUUAAUUUCCUUGGCCCAGUGCUUAGUACACAGCUAAUUUCCCGCUUUUUUAGGAAAAGGGAACUGGUGGUGUGUUUUGUAUGAUCAGCCUCUCGUCUGAGUUUCUUCAGUGGUUUUUGGUUCCUCAAAAAAUUUUAACCUAAUACUCUUUUGUGUGUGCUCCAGUUUGUGACACUGCAGAAGAUGCUGCAUUGUAGCUGUGCAGACUCCUGAUGUGCUCUUUCUUCUCUUUCCUUUUUUGCUUAUCAGUAAAAAUAGUUAAUGGUUUUAGUGUUUAUUGUUCUCCAUGGCUGUUUGAGAAGAAUGAGGCAGCUGUGACUUCUGAAAAAUUGUUUCAAGUUUUCUGGAGGCAUGGACAGGGAUUGCUGUAUGCUUUCAUUUUGUUUCAUAUUUUGGAGAUUAUCUUCAGUGAUGAGAGAUAGAGUCUUAAAAUUGAUCAGAGGUUAAAAUGGCAGGCUUGUCUUUUUUUUUUUUUUUUUUUUUUUUUUUUUUUUUAAAUUCUGCAUCAUUGACCUGUUGUGAACUGACUCAGCUUGAAUCCAGUUAAAGGCUUUUUGGCAGACCAUUCAUAUGUUUAUUUUGUGAUAUACUCUUAAUUUUGACGGUGUGAUAAAGAAUAUUUGUAGGAAUGUUGGUUUUGCUCUUCUUGCACUUUCCAUGGAUGCUUUCUCUUUGUAAUGCUGAGGGUAAAGUAUAAAGGCAAAGUGAACAGAGAAACAAAGACCUGAAAUGAAGGUGGGGGUUAUGGUGUGUCUGGUGCCAACGGGUGUUUGUUGGUGAAGAUGUGUUUCCUGCAAGGUAGUUCCUGUUCUGUCACCUGGGAGUAGGAAAAGAGAUCUCCUUAAGAUACUGUUCAUAACACCCACUACUGUGACUGCUGGGAGGAGUAGACAAGGUGUGCAAAGAGAAUAAGAAGCUGUACAGAUUGCAUAAAGCAGCUGCAAACACCACCUUGGUAGCCUUGGUGAAGAAACUGGGACUUCGCUGUUUUCCCCAAAGCUCUGAAAAAGCUCAGAUUUGAAUCAUCUGCCAGCGACUUGUCUUUCCCAGGCCUUUCUGUCUUGGUGCUGAAAUGUCCAAUCCUGAUGUUAGACCCAGACUACUGGGGUUUUUGCCUAUCAUUUAAAAUUUAACAUUUUCUCUGUUGGUCAUCUGCUCAUUCAGCAACUUGAAAAGGCUGAUCUCAGUGCUCCUCUUGUUUGUCCCUGUCAUUUCAGGGCGUCCUCUGGAGUUCUGCAUCUUUCACGUGCCAGUUCUCGGUUUCUCCAAUCCAUUGCAAGUUUAUGAGGAAUCAUCUGAACAUGAAUGCUGUGCAAAAAUAAAAAAGGGUUUUCUGACGAAAUCUAACCUAGAGCAAAUUGAUCCUGUAACUGAAGCAAAAAAAGUACAGGCAAGGAUAUUUCUAGAUGCUCUUUCUUUGCAACUGAACCACAGACCUGAGGCUGAUUUGCACAGUUCUGACUGGCUAAACCACUUCAGAAACUUUCAGUUGAAUCUGUUCCAUGCCAUUUUGGGAAUGAGUUUCUUUUGCAUUACAAGCCAAAUACAACAUUCUUGAUGCAAACUCUCUGAAACAGUUUCUAGACCUGAAAUAAGCAUCUAUGAGAGUAUCUCAAAUAUAAUUAAGUUGCUUCCCAGACCUAAACUGUUUGACAGACUGCAUGCAAAGGCAUUAGUGUGGACCUAGGCAAGUCACUUGUACAUGCUGCUGGUUAAAAUGCAGAAUGGUAACAUAAUACACCGUGAAGCUUAGUUAAGGGUGUUUUUUAGGAGGGUGCCAAGAUGCUGGUCCAUCACAGUGUCCACUGUUUUUUAUGGUCUUCAUUAGAAUUCUGUCUUUCCUACAACUUUGUGCUGCAGAAAAAGUGUCAUAUUUGAGACUUACGUUAUUUUAGAUAUAAUUUCUUUAAUUGCAAGGAAGAUGAAAAGGAAGUUUGCUUUUGGAGUGAAAAAAGUUGUGGUUGAAACUCAUGAUUUUAAUGGGUCUAUCUGGAAAUGCUUUGAAAACUCCACACCUGUUGAUGCCCCUUCCCCACCCUCAACAGUUAUUUCACCUGUGAAACCUGAGAACAAAUGGAAAUAUUUUUAAGGUUUUUGCCAAGGUGUGUGGGUUUGCAAUUCCACCCAUCUGUUUAAAGUAACUUUUGCUGAAACAUUGCAUCCCGCUCCACUUGGAUCUUGACAGAGGGCUUAUUGUUCUAACAAUGGGAAAAGCACUGAAGUGUGCAUGGGUAUUAGAAAAGGCUCACUAUCAUAUUUUUACAGCUGUCAUUUUGUUAGAAAUACAGUUCUUACAAUGGAGGGAAUUACAAGGGCAUCCUUGUCCAUGUCUCUGAGAAGCUGCGUUUCAUCGGAUUUUAACUACUCAAACCACAAAGCAUGUGCACUUGUAAAACACAUGCAGGUCAUUGAUAGUGGGGCUGUAAGGUGUGCAACUAUCUUGAGGCCAGCUUUACCGAUUAUUCUGGUAGAAUAAAACUGUUGCUUAGUUCUGCUUUAUUUAAAGCCUUUCAGGUUAUCUAAACUUCUGUGUAAAAUCAAUGGCUAUUGCAGAGGAUUGGUGGCAGUUAGGGACUACUCAGAUAGCAAGGGAGCUAUUGCAUUCAUCUUACUGAGGUUCUUUUAUUACAAGCCAGAGGCUAAAAGCUAGCAUCAGGCUCCUUUUGGUUUUGAGAUACUACUAAGUGGUGUUUGUGAGGAUGGCUUUCGAAAUUUAUAUAAAGGAAACUUCAAAGGAUUUUUUUAAAACUUCUGUAGGAGGCAAGUCUAGAUAGAUGGGGGCAGGCAAAAAAGGCAGAAAGCUGCUCUUUUGUUUAUAAUUUCCCUGUUUUUUUCCUGGGGACUUACCUGACUGAAGUCUGGCUCUAAGUUCAGGCGAUAAGCUAUUGCUUCUCGGACUCCCCAAACAGGUAAAAUAGGUGUGCUAUUUAAAGCAUUAUGAUUCUGAAAUUCCCUUCCUGUAUAUUAUUUUUUCUUUCCCUUGACUCUUCUGGUAUCGUUUGGUUGGUCAAACAGAGGAAUCAGAAAAUGACUUAAGAAUAUUCAAACUGCUACUGUAAAAAAGCAAGGAGAAAAAAUAUACCCUUUCUGUGAGUUAAUUUUUAACAGAAUCCAAGACAUCAGCUCACCACUUCAGUUUUAGUCUAGAAUCCUCAAAAGUAUUUUGGAUUCCUUGGUGAAAUUAGUAGAAUUAGACAGCAAAAUAUCUUCAUGGUUCAGAUUCAAGUAUCUAGUUACACCUCAGUACUGAGAGGCACAUGCCUAAAGAUUUUCUUUCAUACUUCAGCAAUGAAAAUACUGAGCCAUUUGUUCUCUGUCAGGCUUCGUGUAUACCUACACAGUAAGCGCCCCAUCAUGUCUUUCUUUCCUUUUGAGGUCAUGAAACGCGUACGCACAGAACAGAUUCAGAUGGCAGUGUCCUGCUACCUCAAGCGCCGUCAGUAUGUGGACUCAGAAGGUCCCCUAAAACAAGGGCUGAGGCUGUGUCAGACUGCUGAAGAGAUGGCAGCUAAUCUCACAGUCCAAUCUGAAUCUGGUUGUGCCAACGUUGUGUCUGCAGCUCCCUGUCUGGCGGAGCCACAGCAAUAUGAAGUACAAUUUGGACGGUUACGGAAUUUUCUCACAGAUUCAGAUUCUCAGCACAGCCAUGAAGUGAUGCCUCUUCUGUAUCCCCUCUUCGUCUACCUCCAUCUGAACAUGGUCCAGAAUGGCCUAAAAAGCACAGUGGACAGUUUUUACAGCCGCUUCCAUGGCAUGUUCUUACAGAAUGCCAGCCAGAAGGAUAUCAUUGAGCAGUUGCAGACUACUAUGACUAUUCAAGAUAUACUGUCCAACUUGAAGCUCCGGGCUUUUCUGGACAACAAGUAUGUCAUCCGCCUUCAAGAGGAGAGCUACAACUACCUUCUUCGCUACCUCCAAAGUGACAACAACAAUGCCCUGUGCAAAGUCCUGACCUUGCACAUUCAUCUAGAUGUGCAGCCCGCCAAGAGGACUGACUACCAGCUCUACGCUGGUGGGAGCUCCUCACGCAAUGAGAGCAACGGCCUGGAACCCAGCGAUGUGCCGGCUUCCAUUCUGCAGAACGAGGCGGCACUGGAUUUACUGCAGGAUAGCAUUAAACGUGUCAAGGAUGGGCCCCCUUCCUUAACGACCAUCUGUUUCUAUGCCUUCUAUAACACAGAGCAGUUGCUGAACACUGCAGAGAUUUCACCAAAUAGCAAGCUGCUUGCUGCUGGGUUCGAUAAUUCAUGUGUGAAGCUGUGGAGCCUGCGUUCCAAAAAGUUAAAAUCUGAGCCCCACCUCGUUGAUGUGUCCCGCAUCCGUCUGGCUUGUGACAUCCUGGAUGAGGAGGAGGAAGAGGACGACAGUGCAGGCACAGAAAUGAAGAUCCUGAGAGGACACUGUGGACCUGUGUAUAGCACGAGGUUCCUUUCAGACAGUUCAGGACUCUUAUCUUGUUCUGAGGACAUGUCCAUCAGAUACUGGGACCUCGGAAGUUUUACAAACACUGUGUUGUACCAAGGACAUGCCUAUCCCGUCUGGGAUUUGGAUAUUAGCCCCUGCAGCCUGUACUUUGCCAGUGGUUCCCAUGAUCGCACUGCAAGGCUCUGGUCAUUUGAUCGGACGUAUCCAAUGCGAAUAUACGCAGGCCAUUUGGCGGAUGUAGACUGUGUCAAAUUCCACCCCAAUUCCAACUACUUAGCAACGGGCUCCACAGACAAAACUGUGCGAUUGUGGAGCACUCAGCAAGGCAAUUCGGUGCGUCUUUUCACCGGGCACCGUGGCCCUGUGCUAGCGCUUGCAUUUUCUCCCAAUGGUAAGUACCUGGCAUCAGCAGGUGAAGACCAGCGGCUAAAGCUGUGGGACUUGGCAUCAGGAACUCUUUACAAAGAACUGAGGGGGCACACGGACAACAUAACCAGCCUUACUUUUAGCCCCGACAGUAGUUUAAUUGCUUCAGCGUCAAUGGACAAUUCAGUCCGGGUCUGGGACAUACGGAACACUUACUGCAACGCCCCUGCAGAUGGGUCUUCCAGUGAAUUGGUUGGUGUAUAUACCGGACAAAUGAAUAAUGUACUGAGCGUACAGUUUAUGGCCUGUAAUCUUCUUCUAGUGACUGGAAUUGCACAAGAAAAUCAGGAACAUUAAUUUUUUUCUUAGGGAAGCGGGUGGGUGUAUUGAAUGCCAGAGUCCAUUGCAAGCUGAGAUUACUGACUGUGAAACACUUUCCUUCCUCUGCCCCCUUUAAAAGGCAUGCUCAGAGUGAUGCAAAUACUUCAAAAUGUCUUGCCCGCAAAAAGAUCUGUGCUGUUGAACAGAAUGAAGAAAAGAGGAGUGAUGAAAAUACGUAUACAUUCUGACUUUGUACUUGUAGGGAUGGGGAAGGGUGGAGUAAAUCCAGUAGCUUGGGGAAACCAAAAGCCUGGUCCAGACAAGUGAAACUGCCAACCAGAUAAGCUGCUGACCUGCACUUAAAUAUCCUUCAUUCAUUGAUGGGCACAUCUUACCUACUGUUAACUGAGGCUUGAGUGUGCAGAGAACUACUGGCCCAGUGUUUUUUGGUUUGUUUUGCUUUUGUUUUCCUGGUAUUGCAGAGGACCAGCAUUUUAAGACCCUUCUAUUAAAAGAACAUCAUGUGUUUUCUACAGUGAUAGUGGUCUUAAAUAUUACAGCUCCCUUGUAGCACUUCUGGAAUAUUUUGGACUAGCUAAGUAGAAAAUAUCAUCUUUCUUUUUAGUGAGGGGAUAGAAAUCUGACCUCAGUCGGGGCCCAUCUCUGCAUUGUCAUUUGGGUUUGGUUCCUUGUACUAGCUGUGAUAUUUGUAUUUAUGUUCCAUUAAUUGGGAAUCUUUCUGAAUCUGGUUGCACUGUGUUUUGAGGGUGAGAGGACAGUGGGGGUAGAGCAGUAGCUUUAAGCGUAAUAAAUGGCUUGCCUUGUCUGGAGGGAGGGCACAACAGAACCGAAACAGCUAAGUUUGGACUCCUGAUGGAAAUGGGGCAUGUCAGUCCACCACUGUACCGCACAGAAAUAUUUCUGUAAAUGGAAGUUGGCAGUCUAGGGAAGGGGGGACAGAGAGAGACAGACACACAAAGUGACAUGGGAAAGAAUAGUAUUACUAAAUUAUUGUGCGUACACAGAGGCAGCUCUGCCAGUGUUGGAUUUUUCUCAAAAUGUUGCAAUAUCCGUUUCAUGAACACUUUGUGAGAUAAAUCAUCAGCAUUUACAACAAGGAUCCACGGAAAAAGCACGUUCUAGUUUGUCAUUUGGAGAGAUUAAAUAUUUCUGCUUUCUGGAAAGAGUUAUUUUGUAUUUUGUUUUCUAUUAAAAGCAUUUAGUUUAAAAAAAUAAAAAUAAAAAUG